UUUUGUGUAGAUGGACAAAGAGAACACGUGGAGACAUCCACAUAUUUGCACGGUUGUCAUUAUUGUUUACAAACAGUUCAGUAACCAAAUCUGAGUUUCGCGGCGGCGUUUGUACGGGAGUGAUCGAGAGAGUAGCAAUGUUGACGACGAUGACUCUUCCUCUGCACGUUUCUGUCAGGUCCCGGAGCUGGUGCUGCUACGCCUCGCUUUCCGUGCCUCAGCCGCAGGCGGAACCCCAACUCCUCAACGGAAACUCCGGCGGAAGACUCGCCGACCGGAAAGAGAUCCGUCUCGGUUUGCCCAGCAAAGGCCGUAUGUCUGCCGACACCCUCGAACUUCUCAAGAAUUGUCAAUUGUCAGUGAAGCAGGUCAAUCCUAGACAAUAUGUCGCUGAGAUUCCUCAGCUUUCCAACCUGGAAGUUUGGUUUCAGAGGCCUAAAGACAUUGUAAGAAAACUGCUAUCUGGAGAUCUUGACCUCGGUAUUGUGGGGCUCGAUACACUCAGUGAAUAUGGCCAGAGUAGCGAAGAUCUCAUCACUGUCCAUGAGGCUCUGGAGUAUGGUGAUUGCCGAUUAUCCCUUGCAAUUCCCCAAUAUGGAAUAUUUGAAAAUGUAAAUUCACUGGAGGAACUUGCAAAAAUGCCUCAAUGGACAGAAGAAAGGCCUCUACGAGUUGCUACUGGAUUUACCUAUCUGGGGCCUAAAUUUAUGAAAGAGAAUGGACUUAAGCAUGUGACAUUUUCAACUGCUGAUGGAGCACUAGAGGCAGCUCCUGCGAUGGGGAUAGCUGAUGCUAUCUUGGACCUUGUAAGUAGUGGGACCACGCUGAGAGAAAACAAUUUGAAGGAAAUCAAAGGUGGAGUUGUUUUGGAAAGCCAGGCUGUUCUUAUUGCAAGCAGGAAAUCAAUGAUCCAACGGAAAGGAGUACUUGAAACAACACAUGAGAUGCUUGAGAGAUUGGAAGCACAUCUGAGGGCCAUUGGGCAGUUCACGGUGACUGCAAACAUGAGGGGAAGCAGUGCAGAGGAAGUGGCUGAGAGAAUACUGAGUCAACCAUCAUUAAUGGGUUUGCAGGGACCCACUGUAAGUCCUGUUUUCUGCAAGCAUGAUGGGAAGGUAACAGCAGACUAUUAUGCAAUAGUCAUAUGUGUGCCCAAGAAGGCGCUAUACAAGUCUAUACAACAACUGAGAGCGAUUGGAGGCAGUGGAGUUCUUAUAUCACCCUUGACCUAUAUUUUUGAUGAAGAAACUCCAAGAUGGCGUCAGCUUCUAUCUGAACUUGGGCUGUAACCAUUUAUGAUCAGUUCAUGGAGUCAUUCGGGGAUGUUUCAUUUUUCAGAUACUGCCAAAGCAGAAGAGCAUUAAAUCUAUGGUGAAACUGCGAAAGACAAGUACACCAAAAUGGAGGACUUAGAUAACUGAAAUUGCAUUCUCAUUACUCAUAGAGGAACUCCUAUUUACAUCGCUUUAUAGAAUGAAAUUUUUGUAGCGAGCAUGUAUCUUCUACGUUCUCUUCUUAACACUGGUAAUGGCUAGAGAAGUGACUUUGUCUUCUGGGUCCUUGGGGGGGAGGGGUUAUAUUUUAAGUUCAACUGCUGUGGGAUUUUGCUUCGGUGUUGUAAUUUGGAACUUUUUAGUAGGAUUAUUUGUGACCUUAAUGAGUUGGCCAUCUUUCUUAUGAUGUUUGAUACGUAUGAUAUUAGAAGCUUGUGGAAACGCACAGCGAAGCAAUGUCUAAUGAAUAAAAUUCUGUUUUGUGUGUA